UUCCAUGCAUCGUACUAAAAGAGCCCCACCGCAGUGGCGUCGUGCACUCGCCAGAGACCAUGGCUUCGUCUUCAUCGAGCCAAGAGGACGAUUUCUCCUGCUCCAUCUGUCUCCAAUUAUUUGACAUCCCCGUGAGUCUAGCCUGCGGCCACAACUUUUGCAAGAAAUGUGUGGAGAGAGCCUGGGAUGCAGAGGCGGCGCAUGUCCGCUUCACCUGCCCUCAGUGCCGCAGGCGCUACGCCCAGAAACCAGAGCUCAGCAAGAACGUGUUCAUAGCCGACUUGGUGGAGAAGUUUAAGAGCUCACGGAAAAGCCAAUGUUGUGAUCACAAGGAGCCCAUGAGGUAUUACUGCCAGACACAUGCGCGUCUGGUCUGCGAGACCUGCAUGCUGGCGGGAGGUCACAAAGGCUGCGAUGCAUUCACCGUGAAGAAGCAGAAAAAGAAGAAGAAGGAGACAAUUGCAGGAGAGAAUAGAAGAAUGAAAAAGGAGAAGACUACGGAAGAAAAUUCCGUCACUUCUCUGAAGAAUUCAUUAAAAUCUUUUCAGAUGUGUGGUUGCGCAGAUGUGAUGCCUGAAAGAAAUGCAACAAUGUCUACUAUCUCAAUACACACGGAUGCACUGGACUUGACUGAAAAUGUCAAGGAUCGGAUCGUGGAGAGCUUCGCCCUUGAUAGACGACUGCUGGAUGAGGAGGAGCAGGAGGCCCUGGACGGAGUGCAGGAGGAGAGUCGCCAGGAGCUGUCGCGGAUCCAGAAUAAAAUUGCGGGGCACGUGAAUGAAAUAGGGACCCUCAUCGAAGACAUUGUCUACCUGGAGAAGAUGAUGGCACUGCAGGAUCCAAUCGCCUAUUUAAAUGAUGAUCAGGUGACAUCGAGGCUCAUUAAGUUCCACAUUGAGGAAUGUCAUGUGAGCUCGAGGCCCCCAGAGAAAAGUGGUAUAUGGCAGAGAUUCUUGGAUGUUUUAAGGUCCUUCGAUUUUCUAAGCGAAGAUGACCCAAUCCACUCUCUUCUGGCAACCGCAGUGAAAUAUCUGCUUCUAUGGCUGGCUUUCAAAGUCCCAUGGUUGUUCUCCAACUCUGAAUGCAGCCUCGUCUCAUCCUCACCUCCAAAUUUCCAAAGAUCGCAGAACGUUCAAACAAAUCCGUUCUUCCCAGGCUUUCCCAAACGAGUCACGGUCACAAGUCCUGAGCUCUUGAGAGCUUCUCAUCGGGGCGACGGUACUGGGAGGUGGAUGUGAGCAAUUGUGGAAGGUGCUGUGUGGGAGUCGCAUACAAGACGAUGCCACAUAACGGAGUUGGUAAGGAAUGUUGGGUGGGACAGAACUCCAUGUCCUGGUGUUUAGAGAAAUAUGGGACCACAAUCAAAGUUCUGCAUGGGGGAGUGGAUCUCUUUAAAAGAGAAAAGAGUUUGGGUUUUAACAAAGUCGGCAUUUUUCUGGAUUGGGAGGCAAGGCUCCUGUUAUUUUACCGCCAUGACACAACGGAGCUCUGGCAACUCAUUUCACCACCACUUUACCCAACCUCUUGUGCCAGCUGUUGGGUUGUGGUAUUCGAAGUAUAAUAAUAAUUACCUGUCAAUCGUUGAGUGAUAGCUCAUCUCAUACUCUGCUCCGUGCCAUCGCGAUCGUCACUCAGCACAGGAAUCUCAUUCCCGCAUACAUCAUACGACGACGGCACGGGAUCACGCGGAGUUAUACGCGCACACCAUCACACACACACAAGACAUCAUUCACAUCUCUCUAGAUCGGGGUCAGCAACCUGUCACUCCAGAGCCGAAUGCUUCGUGACAUUAUUCAUUAAGGACCACCAUCUCGUAUUCACCACGUGGAUUGCGGGAUCUUGAAAUACCGAAUUGGAACAAAAAUGGCACUUCUUGUUAUUUUCUUUUCCAGCCCCUCUACUCUCGAUGAACAUUCUUAAGAUAAAAAAAUAAGUUUAGAAAAAAAUCGGCUUUACCACACAAUCACCAAGUCCCCCCCAACCUUGCCGAUGGUGGCAACGAGCCUAUUAGGAAUCUCACAUGGCUCCUGUCAAACGUUGGGAUCACCAAGCAAUCAGGGAGAGAGUGCGUUGCUUCAUCCACGUUGUUCACGUGACACACAGCAGCAGCAGCAGCAUCUGCCUGUCUCCAAGCUGCAGGUGUGCACUGAUUGGACUUCCGCUGCCCGAUGUGACCACGUAACAGCCAGUUAACCCCACCACGUGCUGAAGCGUCGAGCACGUAGAGGAGGUUGACUUGCAGGGGAUUCUUCUGGAAGAAAAUAAUACGCGUUAUAGGAGGCCACUACUUAAAACAUCAAAUUUGUUAUUAUUUACUUCGUUUCUUUGUUAAACUGAAGUCAAUAUGUACUGGGUGCUCGACAGAGGUUAGAAAUACAUCACAGUCAAUACAGGCGUGCCUCACUUAAUGAGCGAGAUAUACACGUUCUGUGAAAAUUGCUCGUAAAGCGACAAUCCCUUGAACGAUCGUCGUUUUCCCACUGACUCUCACGUUGAAAGCUGAGUUACGUUUGAGCCCCAAAAGUUUCUACUCUUGAACAACUUUUUUUUUACGUAAUUAAAAAAUAACGUUAUAAAUCAUGAAAUGUAAAGCCUCACACGAAGAACCACAGUGCUUGCAGGUGCUUGUCCUGAGAGUCUGCAAUUAGCGCCACCACCAUCUUCCCGACCAAGGUUUUGAUGUAAAUAUUUCACAGGGACACUCAAUAAGGGGCCAUCCAUUUAGUACGUACGCAUGGAGGGGGAGGGGGUUAACCCAAAUGCGUACACUUGCGUAUGGGGGGUCUACUGACAAUGU